AUGCCUUCAAUCGUAACGAAUACCAUGUGUAGCAAAAAAAAACUAAUAUUGAAAAAAAAGCAAUGGAAUAAUUGGGUACGAAUAAAAGAAGAUCACUAUAUUUAUAAUAUUGAAAUUUUAUGUAAUAAAGAAAAAAAUGCUUACAAAAAGUCUAUUAUUAAAUGGAUAAAUGAUAUUGCUGACAAUUUUGUUAAGAACCCUCAGUUACGUUUAUGGAUUGAACAACAAGUUAAGCCUUUCCCACGUAAAAAAUUAUUAAAAGGAUCAAAAGUAAAAAGUAUCGAAAGUUCUAAUAUUGAAAUAAAUGCAUAA